CGAUCGUCUUUCUUCACUGUGGACCCAUUGGGAAAGAAAAAUCUCUUUUUUCUUAUUUUCAAUUAUACAAAUUUAAUUUUAAUCAUGGAUUUUAUCAGUUUUGCCCUUUUUAUUGUUUCCGCGUUUAGUGUUUUCAAGGCUCAAGAGGGCUAUAUCCUUGCAACGUCAAAGCAACAUCAUCAGAGGCAAAAUUCAAAAUCAACAAUUACUAAUAGUAAUAGUAAUAAUCAUAAUAAUAAUAAUAAUAAGGAAAAUUAUUUGGCGAACUCUCGAUAUUAUUCCCAAGAGGCUAAUAUCCUUGGAAUUGCUGGCAAAGACUAUCCAAAUUUCCAUACAAUUCCGCAAACACAAUUUGAUUGCGAUUCACAAUUGUAUCCGGGAUAUUAUGCUGAUCCUGAAUCAAAUUGUCAGAUGUAUCAUAUUUGUCAGCCGGGAGGACGAAAGGAUUCAUUUCUCUGUGCGAAUGGAACGAUUUUUAAUCAGGAGAGACUCGUUUGUGAAUGGUGGCAUAAUGUCGAUUGCUCCCAAGCUAGAGGCAAAUAUUCCGUUAACGAAGCUAUCAUCAAGGAAAUGGAGAAAGUUGAUAGAUUGAACGCGGAGAGAAAAGCGACUCAGGCUUUUGAAGUGAAUGAUAAGAUUUUUCAAAUUCGGGGCGAAAUUCACGAUGCUCAACAACCACCGCAAGGAUAUAGGAUUAAAAUGCAAAUUUUAAGAAAAUAAAAAAUAAAUUUCCAGUCGAAUCGAAGAUGUUCACACUUUUAUGUAAAUCAAAUGACACUCAAGGAUAUAAUUUACACCCAGUAAAAAGAUAUAUUUGACUCAGAGCCAAAUAGUCUUUUUAUUUGUUUCAAAUAAAUUUUAUUUAGUUCAAAUAAAAGUUUUAUUUAUGCCGAAUAAAAUUUUUACAUGAAACAAAUAAUAAAUAAUUUUACUCUCCGGCAAAAGUACUCAAAUUUUA